AUGCCUUCUUCGAGCACAGAAGCUGCCUGUUCGUCAUCUUAUUCUUGUCCAGAUUAUGCGGACGCCUUUGCUCAGCAUGAAACAGGGUUGGUACAGACCUGGAGGCGGGUUAUUGAGGCAGCGGCCCAUUCUGCUGGAUAUGUUGCUCAAUGUAUCGGUGGAGUGUCAGGAUUAACAGCAAAUAUUGUUCAAACAAUACGGAAAAAGCUAGGUGCUGAUGUCUUCAGCAAUCCAGAGUAUCAUGACUCUGUUUUACAGUGUCUAGAGGAAAUUGCAAGGGGCAAUCACUACAAUGAUGUUAAUUCUCUUGCACUGAAGAUUAGUAGACGAAGACUUGCAAUUACAAAUUGGGAAAAGGGUGCUCUUAUUGGAAAAGGUUCAUUCGGAUCAGUAUACAAAGGAUCUAAUGAAAAGGGAUCAUUUUUUGCUGUGAAGGAAGUUUCGCUUAGUAAUAAAAAUAGUCUAGGCCCUCUCCGGAACGAGAUUUCUAUAUUGACAGGUUUGGAUCACGAAAACAUAAUUCAGUAUUAUGGAACAGACGAGGAUGAAGAAAUGCUUUAUAUGUUUCUAGAGCUUGGAAGUCAUGGCACCCAAAUGCUUUAUAUGUUUCUAGAGCUUGUAAGUCAUGGCACCCUUGAACAAGCAUAUAAGAAUUGCCCUUUCAAGGAAUCCCAAGUUUCUCAUUAUACUAGACAGAUAUUGCAAGGUCUGAAGUAUCUUCAUGGUUGUAAUGUGAUUCAUAGAGAUCUUAAAUGUGCAAACAUACUGGUGACCGAAUUUGGAAACAUAAAACUAGCUGAUUUUGGUCUGUCGAAAUGUAUGGAGGAUGGUCAGUCUUUGAAGCCUGGCUCGAGAAGUUCAUUAUGGAUGGCUCCGGAAGUUGCUAAUCCUAAAAGUGGCGGGUAUGAUUUUCGAGCUGAUACAUGGAGCCUUGGAUGCACUGUGGUGGAAAUGUCGACCCGAAAGUAUCCACAGUAUAAUCCUUAA